CCUCAUGUGGAACCAGAAGAGGAACUGCAACCAGUUCAGAAACCGGAAGUUUCCCGAGAGUGGCGGUUCUCCCCUUGUUAGACAUUCUCUGUUAUAACCGUAGCCGUCGGGAAUAUAAGCGAUGCAGUGCCGUUAGAGCAGCUCUUUGAACAGUCGACCCAAAUAACUAGCUAACCAGCCACUAAACAAUCGGUCGAAUUCGGUCUUUGGUCAAGGCUAUCGCCACCAAUAAACCGGUUCCUCUCGUAACUUUGUCAUCAUGCGGUCUAGCCUAUCAGAUGAUUCUUAGUGUUAUCACAUCCCUUUCAGUGCGACUUUCUGCUCGCUCACUGUCACUCCCGGUUCUUCGCUCCACUCUCGUAACCCAUCCACACCCAACGACACACUUCAACAGGCAGCACGCCACGAUGCAGUCGAGCCGACACACUACUGUCAGCGGCGGUGCUUCUCUCAAACCCGGAGCCACCAGGGGAAUAUCUUCAACACUCACGACUGACAACACUAGUCCUGCGCUUGGGGCCAGGCUGGCGAUUAACGACAUACAACGGAGGACACCGAGUCCCCGUGGUGCGAAUGGGGAUGACGACUCCGAAGCGGAGUCCUACCGGGACGGGAGAAGAGACGAGGUCGACCGGGAUACUCGCGGAAGAGCCUUCGCUUGGUGUCGAGACUUUCUGUCCGGGUCGUGGAAGACCAUCUCUGAACAGGACUUUCAAAUUAGUAUAGUCAGUGGAGGACUCAGUAAUCUCCUCUACAAGUGCAGUUUGCCAGAACAUGUCCGUCCAGUUGGCGAUGAACCAGCCCGUGUGCUUUUACGGAUAUAUGGAGCCAUCCUACAGGGGGUGGACUCUCUGGUCUUAGAGAGUGUGAUGUUUGCCAUCCUGGCAGAGCGAACUUUGGGUCCUCGACUGUUUGGGAUCUUUCCUGAGGGAAGACUAGAGCAGUACAUACCUAGCAAACGCCUGCGCACAGACCAGUUGGCCAUUCCAGAACUCUCUUCGGAGAUCGCCAUGAAGAUGGCACGUUUCCACGGCAUGAAAAUGCCCUUCAACAAGGAGCCUAAAUGGCUCUUCGGGACCAUUGACCGGUACAUGGAGCAGAUAAAGACUCUGAAGUUUGUCCGGGACGCCCACAUAAAGAAGUUCAACAAGCUGAUGAAGUAUGACCUGCCCAAUGAACUGGACAACCUGAGAUCACUGCUGGCAGCGACUCAUUCUCCUGUGGUCUUCUGUCACAAUGAUGUACAGGAAGGGAACAUACUAAUGCUGGAUGGGAGGCAGGCGGACGCUCCAGAGAAGCUGAUGCUCAUUGACUUUGAGUACAGCAGCUACAACUACAGGGGCUUUGACUUCGGGAACCACUUCUGUGAGUGGAUGUAUGACUACACGUAUGACCAGUGGCCCUUCUACAAGGCCAACCUGGACCACUACCCCACCAGAGAACAGCAGCUGCAUUUCAUCCGUCACUACCUGACAGAGAGCGGAGGAUACGCUGGCAGAGAGAACCACCUGCAGGCGGAGGAGGAGCUUAUGCUCGAGGCCAAUCGGUAUGCUCUGGCGUCACACUUCUUCUGGGGACUUUGGUCCAUCAUCCAGGCCCGGAUUUCCACCAUAGAGUUUGGCUACAUGGACUAUGCCCUAUGCAGGUUUGAUGCUUACUUCAAGCAGAAGAAGCUAUUCGCCUGAAGCCCGCCUGAAUGUCUCAUCUGGAGUAGUCCCCCCCCUUCCACUCGCACACACACACACACACACACUCACACACUUACACACACUCAUCUUCUCUCCCUCUAGAAUGGUUUUAUUUCCUCUAACUGUGCGAGGAAUCCUUCUUGUCAUACACCAGUAGUUGCAACAGAACUAUAAAGCAUGACGGCGGUUUCAAAUGAAGAACCUGGGCUUGCAUUGUGCUUCUUACCAGGAACGACUGACCUGUCCAAAGUCUAUUCCUUUCUGUCAUGCUGCUUUAAUAUCGUUCUUGGCAUGUAGACGACAUGACGAGACCUGCACGGUAGCACACCAGAGAGUCGAAAGGGUUUAACCUCUUCUAAUGCACAACAGGGAACUCCUGACGCAAACAGACAAGCUGUUGCUAGGACCAUUAGCCAUGUUUAGCACACGCUUUACUAAUACACUAUACCAUUUCUCUGUACUAGCUCACAUCUGUGCAUCGUGAUGUUAGAUUAGUUUGUUGUGGACCCAACAUAUCAGAAGCCUUUGUGUCCACUUCUGUUUACUGCUGUUUAAAACGACAGACUCACUUACGCCUGUGUUUACUGUGGUCACUUUUAAGAGGGCUCUCGUUUAGAAUGGCCAGCAGAACUGUGGCUGUAGCCCCCUCUUGUGUAUCUUGCCGGUAGUGCGCAAGGCCUUGCUGGAGUGCAGCAUUGGUGCCUCCUCAGUCAAUUGAAUUCAUGAUGCUUCAUAGAAUCCCAAAUUAGCGCUUAUCCUCUGUCUGACAGACACACCUGACUACAGCCCUUACACUUAUUAAUGUGUAGUGAUUUCAUCAUUUGAUACUUUCAGACAUUUCAUUUUCUUUUAUUUUUUACCUGUGCAGGAGCUGUCCAAAUGCUUUUUGCAAUUUAUUUAAUUUUAUUAAUUAUUUUUUAUUUUCAUAUUUAAUUUAUUUUUAUGACAGUGUCAUAUUUCAUUAGUUCCAUUAUAUGGGUCCAUACUGUUUUGGCAUACACCAACCUAUAGAAAGAAUUUGUUGUGUUGUGUCAUGUUGGUGAUCUUUAGAUUAAAGAUUUCUGUUAGUAAUAUCAGAUACACGCCAUUUUAAAAUAACACAUUAACUGUUAAAUAUGUUCUUUCAAUGUUAAACUUAAUAGUUUGUUAAUGUUAUUUUAUUCAUUCUGUAUUGUUAGCCGAGGCUCCUUAAUGUAAAGCAUGACUGAACUGCUCUAUAUGGUUAUUCAUGCGGUUUCAUAACUGUGGAUUUGGGCGUGCAGCUCAAAGGUGGACACCUCUGUCAUGUGUUUCAUCAUGUGUCAUCAUCUCUCUCUCUCUCUCUCUCUCUCUCUCUCUCUCUCUCUCCUCUCCAUACCUCCAUACUCCACCAUCCCUCCUUCUCUCUCUCUCUCUCUCUCUCUGUCUCUCUCUCAUGCUCUCUCUGUCUUUAUAUUUCCCUCUGUCUUUAUCUUUGCCUUCCUGUCCUUUUAGAUCUCUUGUAUCUCUGCAGAAGGAAAGCGUUAGCACUGCAUUGUUGCCUUACCAUGUGUGUAGCCCAGCUGGUUAGCAGGGGUCUAGUUAGCAUAGGUCUGGUUAGCAUGGGUCUGGGUCUGGUUAGCGGGGGUCUGGUUAGCAUGGGUCUGGUUAGCAUAGGUCUGGUUAGCAUGGGUCUGGCUAGCAUGGGUCUGGGUCUGGUUAGCGGGGGUCUGGUUAGCAUAGGUCUGGUUAGCAUGGGUCUGGCUAGCAUGGGUCUGGUUAGCGGGGGUCUGGUUAGCAUGGGUCUGGUUAGCAUAGGUCUGGUUAGCAUGGGUCUGGUUAGCAUGGGUCUGGGUCUGGUUAGCGGGGGUCUGGUUAGCAUGGGUCUGGUUAGCAUAGGUCUGGUUAGCAUGGGUCUGGCUAGCAUGGGUCUGGGUCUGGUUAGCGGGGGUCUGGUUAGCAUAGGUCUGGUUAGCAUGGGUCUGGCUAGCAUGGGUCUGGGUCUGGUUAGCGGGGGUCUGGUUAGCAUGGGUCUGGUUAGCAUAGGUCUGGUUAGCAUGGGCCUGGUUAGCUGGUUAGCUUGGGUCUGGUUAGCAGGGGUCUGGUUGUGUGAUGGAGCUGAGCAGCGUGGAGAGGGAGCUAAUGGAUGCUCCAGUGUAGGAGGUAAAUGUUCUCAGUGCACCACAGUCAGUAAUGUUGUGUUGGAGCGGUGCAGCUGAUAUGGGAGAGGCAGGAGGGUUGAGUGGAAGCUGAUAGAAGUUAGGUGCGUUUUGUGUAGCAUGCUAAAAAGGUUGUCCGAUGAAGCAUGACCAGUAGACUUCAUGUGUGAUUGGUUGCUAAUCACUUGAUUUAUUGACACUCAUCUUGAUUUUGAUUGAACUAUUUAUUUACUCAUAACUCUACUCAGUCUUUGUUCAUGGUUUGUUUAUUUGUUUUUAUUUGUUUGUUUGUGUCUUGCCAGUUGAGUUUGGUUUCCCUCCAAAGAUACAUAUUUUUACUUACCUGAAAGACACAGCCAAAAGAAUGUAGACUUCCUCCAGUUAUUGGAAUGAGCUGUAAAAAAAGACUGUGGUUAUGGAAACAGUACGGUGUGGUUUAUGGCAUUUAAAUAGCAUACAUACAAACAAAGAAUGCAUUUGAUAGGAGAGGAACGAUUCUGCCUAAUCAACGGGUGUGUUUAAUUCUUUAAAACAAUAAUGAAGAAUAGAUGAAGUACCCAAAAUGUAACUUCAGUGUGUGUGUGUGUGUGUGUGUGAGGGGCCGGAUUGAUCUGGUAAAUGGCCUCCUAUACCUACACUGCUAGUCAUGAUGGCCAUGAUGUGUUAGUGCUCUGCUUCAGACAUUAGGAGAUGAGUGUUUACCUGAGGAGGCCACCCGUAGUGGUAUGUUUUCAUCCCAACACACACACUCUCACACACACACCCGAGAUUGACAGUGGCAUUAGCACAAGUGUGUGUGGGAUAUGAUGGCUUCGUUCCCUUGGUGUUUGUUUAAUCUCAGAAUUUAGCAUAUUGAUGACAAUCUGUCGUCAGCUAAAUGGCUUUACUAACUUCAUCUCAUCUAAAGCAAGUUUACCACUACAUGUGUUUUUACAGUUCCUACCAAAAACCAUGGCUUGGUUGACAUUAACAACCAGCACUGUUGCUGUAGUUCAUGUGUUUGUUCACAACUUUGCUGUUCAUUUUGUAUUUAUUAUUUUCUGUCUUUGCAUUGACACUGUUGUAUCUGUUAUGCAUAUAUUACUGCUAAUAAACAAAAAUAAAUAAUAA